GAGAAGAAUUUGGAUGAUAGAGCCUACCGCAACAUCCAGGAGCUUGAAUCGUACGCGGAGAAUACUCAGGGUGCUCUCUUGUACCUCACCCUGGAAACGCUGGGUGUGAGGGACAUCCACGCUGACCAUGCAGCCAGUCACAUUGGGAAGGCACAAGGCAUAGUUACCUGCUUAAGAGGAACUCCGUAUCAUAGCACAAAACGAAAGGUCUUUCUUCCCAUGGACAUUUGUAUGUUGCAUGGAGUUUCACAAGAAGAUUUCAUAAGAGGCAAGCAGGAGAAAAAUGUGAGAGAUGUAAUUUAUGACAUUGCCAGCCAGGCCCAUAUUCAUCUAGAACAUGCUAGGUCUUUCAGUCAGAAAGUUCCUGUGAAGGCUUAUCCUGCUUUUUUCUGUACGGUUGCUUUAGAUGAUUAUUUAUGUAGUGUGCGAAAAGUGGACUUCAAUAUAUUUCAUCCAAGCUUACAGAAGAAGAGCACAUUAUUGCCAUUGCGUUUAUAUAUUAGAUCAUGGAAAAAAACAUAUUAAAGGUGUUUGGUUUUUUUUAAUAUG